GAACGCUCAAAAAUGGUUCAGUUGAAAGCGCAUAUUUUGGCACCGGCAAUAACGUGUCUUGUCGCAAUGGCAUGCACUUCAGCGAUUUGGAUUGGUGCUUAUUAUAUUGGAAUAAAAGAUAGAAGUCAAACGAAUCGAGCUUAUUCACCUGUAACACCCGAACCAGACGUACUGACAACGACUCAUUUUCAAGUAAUAUGUCAUGAAGCUUGCGAGUUUCAUUUGGUGGAAUCAAUACCGGUCAAUUUGACUUAUAAUGCGAGCACAAAGUUCAUGACAACCACUGAUGCUUGGUUGCAAUUGAUUGCAAAUGCAACAAGGGAAAUUCGAAUCGCUUCAUAUUAUUGGUCUCUGCUACCCAACGAUACACAGGGUUAUGCCGACAGCACAGCUGAAGACGGCGUUAAGGUGUACGAAGCGCUUGUUGAUGCAGGAAAACGCGGAAUUGUCAUGCAGAUCACACAGAAUGCACAACCGAACCCUGAAACAACGUAUCUCCAAAAUAACGGAUGGGCACAUGUUCGCUCACUAAAUUUCACUCGUUUACUUGGAUCAGGUCAACGAGUUUAUCCAAAUCGUUUAAGCCAAAGAGCCAUUGAUGUUGAGCCAUGCAGCUCAUCGAUAGAUCGCAAUUACAUCACUUUUUUGGCUGAGAUUCCACAUUUUUUUGAACGGUCAUUCGAUUGA